AUGGCACUAAACGCCUACCUAAACAAGCGUGUAUCAGUUCUUACCCUCGAUGGCCGCACGAUGGUCGGCCUUCUCCACUCAUGCGACGGUAGUAUGAACCUCGUCCUCCAAGAAGCCGUCGAGCGCAUCAUCCGACCGAUAGAAGACGAAGAGCCUAGUGAAGAGGUACCACUCGGACUGUACAUUAUACGGGGUGACAGUGUGGCGGUGGUGGGUAGGGUGGAUGAAGAGAUUGACGGAAAGAUCGACUGGGGGAAGGUUCACGGAGAGGUGCUGGGAGGAACGAAACAUACUUGA